AUGUUCUGGCCACUGCUCGCCUGUUUGCGCGACUACUGUGCUAAUUGCUCCUUGGCCGGCAUCAGCUACAUUGCCAAUAAUAAAUUGCAUAUUAGUGAACGCGUUUUCUGGCUCUUUUGUUUCAUACUSUCCGCUUUUGGCUCAUACAAGCUCAUUUCAACAUUUGAACGUGACUUUGAGCAAUCCGCUGUCAGCAUUGUCUUCGAAAGUCUAACACCGUAUGACAAAAUCUAUUUUCCCAGUGUGGCCGUGUGUGAGACGUUGGAGAAGGAUGGCACCACGCCAGCGGUAGAACAAUAUAUCGAGAGUUACCCCGAAGAGUAUGACUAUGACGUCGAAAUUUAUGUUUUAAAAUUACUCUUUCCGCAUGAGUACAACACCGGCAAUGCCAGGGCACAUUGUUUCGAUAAGGAGGGCACCGAUGCUGAGUGUCCACAUACCCACUACAGGGAACUAACGGAGAAGCUUCAUGAGAACUGCUCCAACGUUUUAGUGGAAUGUUCGCUCGGUCACAAGGCUUUCAACUGCUGUCAGUACUUUGUGCCACUGCUUACACCUUACGGCUACUGUUAUCUUUUGAAUUCGARGCAAAACAAUCAUCCCGACAGCAAACAAUGGUUCCCGAGUGAGGUGGAGGACAAUCAUGCCACGAUGCGCCUGGUCACCGAUGUUGCAGUCGAGGUUUUCGUGCUCAACGAGGAGGACAUACCUUAUGCUAAUCUAGCUGGUAUUACAACAAAGGUGGCAACACCAGGUAAACAUACAGACCUACAAAUAUCCGUGCAAGAAAUGGUUAACGAYAUAGAUGUGCGUGAAGUGUCACCAGAGCAUCGGGGUUGUCGUUUCUCCGACGAGAUCAUGYCGAAAUCAUCGUUUCGCGUCUAYAGCUUCAGCGCCUGCAUUGUCGACUGUAUUGCCGCGUUACAAAUGCGUUACUGCAAUUGUACGAUAUUCAAUUUAAUGCCGUCGGCGCGUGUGGAUAUGCCCGAUUGUGAUUAUAACGGACUUUUGUGUUUGGAGAAGGAAACGAAGGUGUCGCCCGAUAUUAAAUUGCUGCUGCCAUGGCCAGAGAAUAAUGAAACGUGUGAUUGCUUGCCGUCGUGCACUGAACACGACUUACGUGCGGUKUCCGAGUAUAGUCCGAGCGGUCGCAAAGGUGUAGAAAGGCGCAGUGUUGCCAUCAGCCUUGUUGAUCGCCCCACUGAGCGUUAUCGUCGUCAGGCGUUGCGUACGCGUUUGGAUGUUGUGGUCACUAUCGGUGGCAUAUUGGGUUUAUUUUUGGGCGCCAGCAUUCUAAGUCUCAUCGAGCUUGUUUACUACUUUACCUUGCGGCUUUACAAUAAUAUCCAAAUGAUAAGAAAGAACGAGAGAGCACAAAAUAGAGUAGUCCAAAAAGCCACAAUAAAGGGUGCGAGUAUAAAURAAGGAAGUAAAUGA